CGGGAGCAAGCGGGCCGCCAAGACGCGCUAAAACGCGAAGGCGGACAGUUCAAUUGCGACUGCAUCUGACCGGGAUUGACAUCGAGCACCUCAACAUUCUGUCGCAUCAAAACUGAGCCAGCAGAUGAACGCAUUGCACGAUGUCUUCGCUCACAACCUUGAAAGCGCUACCACCAUGGGCAGAAGAGCUCAAGAACCCGACAGCCCACAAGCCAAAACAGGCGGGCAUCCCCGAUCCACCCGGCUUUCCCUCCUCGACCUCCGUGUCAAGCUCGAAGAAGAAGGAUGCCAAAGACAGCAAAGUCGCGCAGCGCAAACCGGCGACGCCUGACGAGAUGGACACGCUGAAACUCAAGAAGGCGUGGGAGGUGGCCCUGGCGCCCAUCAAGAGCCUGCCCAUGACCGCGAUCAUGAUGUACAUGUCGGGCAACUCGCUGCAAAUAUUCAGCAUCAUGAUGGUCUUUAUGGCGUUCAAGAACCCCAUAAUGGGAAUCUUGUCAACCAACCAGGCCUUCGAGCGGUUCGAGACGGAGAGCAACAGGGCGCGUAUGUUCCAGGUCAAGCUGGCGUAUGUGGCCAUGCAGCUGGUUGCUCUGGCGUUGGGGAUAUGGAAGAUCAACUCGAUGGGUUUGUUGCCGACAACGAGAUCGGACUGGCUUGCUUGGGAAGCUCAGCGCGAAGCGUUGGAACGUGCCGUGCCGGGGUUAUAGACAGACAAGACUAUCUGUCUCGAUGCUGAAGGAUGCUCAGGCCGAGAACGAUAGGAUGAUAUGGGUUGUCUGUAUGCCCGAUCGACGAUUAAGUAGUGCCCAAUUACGACAUGAUCCAGGCCGCAUCGCGUCUGUGCUCGAACAUUGUCGCUGAAUAACACUUUGCCCUGGAACAGCACACUGUCUCUUCUUGAAGGCUGCAAAGGGAUCGUGGCGAGAACGCUGCGGAGAUUAGGCCCAUCUACGACCGUAGCAUCAUAACAUGCUUGGGAUGCAAUGCUGAUCACGAUUACUCCUC